AUGGCAUUCAAAAUAGUUUUCAAUAGAAAAAUUCAUAAGUUGCCUCUCCAUGUCACUACAGUUUAGGCUAUAAGAUCUUCAAUCGAAAAACUGUACCCUCAAAUAAAUUAGAACUAUCACAUAGUCUUUUUCUAUGAUUAAGAACCUCUUGAAAUUGUUCAUGAAGAUGCAUUAAUAAUACUUUUAAAAAUUUUACAAUCAUCCUCCUAUAAGUUGUUUGUAUUUGAAAAUAAUAUUGGAUAAUUAACGGAAGAAGAUCUCAAAUUUAUGGAGUAGUCUAGCAUAUACAGUGCAAGCACAAUUUAAAUAGAUUAAAAUAUAAAAUAAUAAUAAGCCAGGCUUGGCAAUUAAUAAUUCCAGUAAUAUAUUGGAUAUUUGCCUAGUCAACAUACACAUAAUGAAAUUGACUAGUAAUCUUUACAAUUAUAGAUCCCUUAAAUAAAGCAAUAACAAUUAUAAUAACAAUAACAAUAAUAAUAAUAAUAAUAGUAAUAAUAAUAGCUAUAAUAAUAGUAAUAAUAAUAAUAGUAAUAACAAUAACAAUAGCAAUAUUAAUAAUUUUAAGGUCUAUAAUAGUAAGUUUAACAACCUUAAAAUAAUUAUCUGUUAUAAGGUUAUUAUCCAUCCUAAAAAUAACCGAGUUAAUUUUAAGUUCCUUUGGGCCAAUAAUUUUAAUAUCCACAAAUGGAAUAAGAAGUACAACAAGAAGUUUACUAAGUCGAAGUUAUUUAAAACUCAUAAGUUUAAAGUUAUCCUGAUAAAGAAUUUAUCUGGAAAUUAGUUUUAAAAAAUUCAGGUUAAAAAACUUGGCCUUAGACUAUGAAAAUACGAUGUAUCGAUAAUCCUUUCAAAACUUAAUAAUUACUCUUGCCUGAAGCUAUUCCAGGAUAGGUUGUUGAUGUCUCAAUUUAAUUAAAGGCUCCUUAAAAAAUAGAUUCACUUUUUGUAAAUUGGGGUAUUUAUUACCUAGAAAAUACUUUGGAAUUUGCAAUCAAAUAAACUAUUUGUCUUUUCUUAGAAGUAAUAAAAGAAUAGCCCGAAUUAAGAUUCCACGGCACUUAGAUUUUGGUUAAGGCUGAAUAAGUAAAGUCAAUAAUGACAGAUUAGAGCAUAAACUACAUUUGUAAAUUUAUAGAGAAACACAGAAUACUUUAAUAUAGAGUAGAGGAUAUUAUCAAUAAGAUCUAUGAUGAAUAAUCUUAAUAAUGA